CACCAUCUUUGUGCCUGGCAAAAUUGGGUUUUGCGCAGUGGCUUAGACCUAGAGAAAGAAUCGUGACGGGCAGGAAACCAUUACAACACCACCCCGGCUGCGCUCUCGGCUGCCGCCGCCACUCCCAGCCCUUGCCUCCGGUAUACAUUAAAGAUCCAGAAUCAUGACUGACUCCAAGUACUUCACAACCAAUAAAAAGGGAGAAAUCUUUGAAUUAAAAGCUGAACUCAACAAUGAAAAGAAAGAAAAGAGGAAGGAAGCUGUGAAGAAAGUGAUUGCUGCUAUGACCGUGGGGAAGGAUGUUAGCUCUCUCUUUCCAGAUGUAGUCAACUGUAUGCAGACAGAUAACCUGGAGCUAAAGAAGCUCGUGUACCUGUACUUGAUGAACUAUGCCAAGAGUCAGCCGGACAUGGCCAUCAUGGCUGUCAACAGCUUUGUGAAGGACUGUGAAGAUCCCAACCCUUUGAUUCGGGCCUUGGCAGUCAGAACCAUGGGGUGCAUCCGGGUGGACAAGAUCACAGAAUACCUUUGUGAGCCCCUUCGCAAGUGUUUGAAGGAUGAAGACCCCUAUGUCCGGAAAACCGCAGCAGUCUGCGUGGCAAAGCUCCAUGACAUCAAUGCCCAGAUGGUGGAAGAUCAGGUGGUGGCUAAUGCUGUAGCAGCAUUGUCAGAAAUCAGUGAGUCUCACCCAAACAGCAACUUACUCGAUUUGAACCCACAGAACAUUAAUAAGCUGCUGACAGCUCUGAACGAAUGCACCGAGUGGGGCCAGAUUUUCAUCCUAGACUGCCUGUCUAAUUAUAAUCCUAAAGAUGACCGGGAAGCUCAGAGGCCUGAAAUCUUAAAGCAGGAAAUCAAAGUCUUCUUUGUGAAAUACAAUGAUCCCAUCUAUGUUAAACUAGAAAAGUUGGACAUCAUGAUUCGCCUCGCGUCCCAAGCCAACAUUGCUCAGGUUCUGGCAGAACUGAAAGAAUAUGCUACUGAGGUGGAUGUUGACUUUGUUCGCAAAGCUGUGAGGGCCAUUGGGCGAUGCGCCAUCAAGGUGGAACAAUCUGCAGAGCGCUGUGUAAGCACAUUGCUUGAUCUAAUCCAGACCAAAGUAAAUUACGUGGUCCAAGAGGCAAUUGUUGUCAUCAGGGAUAUCUUCCGCAAAUACCCCAACAAGUAUGAAAGCAUUAUUGCCACCCUCUGUGAGAACUUGGACUCCCUGGAUGAGCCAGAUGCACGAGCAGCCAUGAUUUGGAUUGUGGGAGAAUAUGCUGAAAGAAUUGACAAUGCAGAUGAGUUAUUAGAGAGCUUCUUGGAGGGUUUUCAUGAUGAAAGUACCCAAGUCCAACUUACUCUGCUUACUGCCAUAGUGAAGCUAUUUCUCAAGAAACCUUCAGAAACGCAGGAGCUGGUCCAACAGGUCUUGAGUUUGGCAACNNAGGAUUCUGAUAAUCCUGACCUUCGAGACCGGGGUUAUAUUUAUUGGCGCCUUCUCUCAACUGACCCAGUGACAGCCAAAGAAGUAGUCUUGUCUGAGAAGCCACUAAUCUCUGAGGAAACUGACCUUAUUGAGCCAACUCUGCUGGAUGAGCUAAUCUGCCACAUUGGUUCUUUGGCCUCUGUGUAUCAUAAGCCUCCCAAUGCUUUUGUGGAAGGGAGUCAUGGGAUUCAUCGCAAACACUUGCCAAUUCAUCAUGGGAGCACUGAUGCAGGUGACAGUCCUGUUGGCACCACCUCUGCAACUAACCUGGAACAGCCUCAGGUUAUCCCCUCUCAAGGUGACCUUCUUGGAGAUCUUUUAAAUCUUGACCUUGGUCCCCCAGUCAACGUGCCACAGGUGUCCUCCAUGCAGAUGGGAGCAGUGGAUCUCUUGGGAGGAGGACUAGAUAGUCUGCUUGGCAGUGACCUUGGCGGGGGCAUUGGAGGAAGUCCGGCAGUUGGACAGUCCUUCAUCCCAUCAUCAGUGCCUGCAACAUUUGCUCCCUCACCAACGCCUGCAGUAGUCAGCAGUGGCCUAAAUGACCUGUUUGAACUCUCCACUGGGAUAGGCAUGGCUCCUGGUGGAUACGUGGCUCCUAAGGCUGUCUGGCUACCGGCAGUAAAGGCUAAAGGCUUGGAGAUUUCAGGAACAUUUACUCACCGCCAAGGGCAUAUCUAUAUGGAAAUGAACUUCACCAACUUUGGUGUCAUCCCAAGUGCUCCUCUGGCCAUCCAUACACCACUAAUGCCAAACCAAAGCAUUGAUGUCUCCCUGCCUCUCAACACCUUGGGCCCGGUUAUGAAGAUGGAGCCUCUGAAUAACCUGCAGGUGGCUGUUAAAAACAAUAUUGAUGUCUUCUACUUCAGCUGCCUCAUCCCACUCAAUGUACUUUUUGUAGAAGAUGGCAAAAUGGAGCGCCAAGUCUUCCUGGCAACAUGGAAGGAUAUUCCCAAUGAAAAUGAACUCCAGUUUCAGAUUAAGGAAUGUCAUUUAAAUGCUGACACUGUUUCCAGCAAGUUGCAAAACAACAAUGUUUAUACUAUUGCCAAGAGGAAUGUGGAAGGGCAGGACAUGCUGUACCAAUCCCUAAAGCUCACUAAUGGCAUUUGGAUUUUGGCUGAGCUACGCAUCCAGCCAGGAAACCCCAAUUAUACGCUGUCGCUGAAAUGUAGAGCUCCUGAAGUCUCUCAAUACAUUUAUCAGGUCUACGACAGCAUUUUGAAAAACUAAUAAACUGGUCCAGUACCCUCCUGCCACCCUGUGAUCGGUGCAAGCCAAGAACUCUUAACUGGAAGAAAUUGUACUGCUGUGUAGAAUCCAAACCCAAACACACUGAGGCCACCCACCA